GACUACUGUGCGACUGCCCGCUGCCACAGCCAGAGACGAGCUGCCGCCUCCUCCUACCGCCGCCUCCUCCCAACACGGCGGCGAAGCACCAUCACCGUACCUCGCGCUAACACUUGCUCACUAGAUCUCGGGGUGAAACUAGAGCGUCCUUCAUCUUCUCGGGAACGACCAAGUCACUUCGCUUCUCCACACGUUGUUUGGUCCAGCCCCCGUUAGCUACUCCUCCGAGCAGCGCUCAACCAGGAUGCCGGGAGCGGGCGGCCGCCUACGCCUGCCCUCGCUGGGCACCGACUCGCCCUCCAGGUCCUCCUCUGGGGCUGCCGGCGGUGGCGGCGGCGGCGGCGGCGCGGUCAGCCAGCAGCAGCGCGUCGUGGUGAUGGGCGCGGCGCGCGUCGGCAAGUCGGCCAUCAUCUCGCAGUUCCUGUACGACCGCUGGCCGGCCAAGUACCGCCAGACGGUGGAGGAGCUGCACCGCGGCGAGUACGAGCUGCCUGACGGCGCCGCGCUCACGCUCGACAUCCUGGAUACGGCGGGCGCGCACCAGUUCCCCGCCAUGCGCGCCCUCUCCAUCGCCACGGCGCACGCCUUCCUGCUCGUCUACGCCGUCGACGACGACGCCUCCUGGGAUGAGGUGCGCCGCCUCCGGCAGCAGAUUGUGGAGGCGCGUGGCAACGGCGUGCCCAUAGUGGUGGUGGGCAACAAGGAUGACCUGCCGGACGCCGAGAGGCAGGUGGCGCGCGAGGUGGCCGAGACGACGGCACUAUUCGAGUGGGAGUGCGGCUACGUGGAGUGCUCGGCCAAGGAGAACACGCACAUCAUCGACGUGUUCAAGGCGCUGCUGGCGCAGGCCAAGGUGCGCUACAACCUCAGCCCGGCCGUGCGGCGCCGCCGACAGUCGCUGCCCAACUAUCCGACCGCUGGCGGGCACCACGGCCAAGGCCACGGCCAGACGCAGGGGCAGCAGGCCCGCGGUACGCGCUACAUGCUCAAGAGGAACUCCUGCUCCGUCGCAUGAGCGCCUCGCCCUUCACGGCCGCUGGUCGGCCGCUGAUAGUACUGGAUGUGGCGGGGCUCCGCAAAUGGCUUCUUUGGGCGAUCGCGUUUCUACCAGCGCCCGGAACACGAAUUUUUUACAGUUUCAGGUGCGGCACAAGGCGAGCAUUUCGAGCUUUACCUCGACAGCCUUCUCAUACCACUUUCGCAGUUUACUUUCAGUCUCUUGCACGAUGUGUCUUAUUUCCAGCUAACAUCAUCUGGAACAGCAACAGCAUCGUUACAAAUGGAGCUCUAGUUUUGUUGCGCUUCAAAGGAAAAAGUUUGCGGACAUACAGUAAGUAAAGAAAUUGCGAUUGUUAGUUAACCAGAAAUUCACCUAUAAUUGAGGAGGCAACUUCGAGGAACACUGUAUUGCCAUGUAAUGCUUAGCACACUGUUAUCUGCAGCCGAAAAAAAAGCACUCCGUCUUCAGGCCACGAGUGGCCUACCGGGACCAUCCGACCGCCGUGUCACUCUCAGUGGAGGCCUGGAUGGUCACCCAUCCACGUGCCGACCACGCCCGACAGCGCUUAACUUCGGUGAUCUCACUGGAACCGGUGUAUCCACUGCGACAAGGCCGUUUCUCUAUCUGCAGCCAAUGAUAAUUUAAAUUUUACGCUAGGGCGGGUCGAGUGAAGUUGAAGUGUUUGCUAUGUGCCGUAAAUGAUAACCAAGCUCACACCAUUUUGCUUCAGUUUAAGCUUAAUGUGUCCCCGUUGUUUUAUGUACAAGGUUUGCAAGGUUGGCGUUUUCUGGCAAAUGAUGAAACGGAAUACAAUAUUUCGCGCCUAUAUUUAAGCGAAGGUUGCGACUAAACGAGACAAAAGUGAGAUCGCACUUUUGGUGCAGACAAUGUAAAAUUAUCUGUGUUGUAACCGGCAGCUAUUUACAAAAUAUCUCUGUCUGCACCCUGAUUAAAUAAUUUACACGUAAUACUCUUAUCGCUUCAAUACAGUUAGUUCGAAUUUCCGAGGUCUCUUCAAGCUCUCCUAUCGUUGAUUGUGGAGAGUGUUCGAAAGUCUGACUGGUAAUCUCAUUCUGAUGUUAUAUUUGAAUGGUUCAUCAGUCAUUAUAUACAGUUUAAGUUGAUUGUCUUCCUAAAGGAAAUACUGUAGCAAGACCAAUAGAAGAACUCAGGUGGUUGUUAAAAAGCAAAAUUUUUGUUUGGAAGGCAGUGGGAAACAAAUUGAGGAGAGACUGAUGGUCGUUGCAACUCACCAGUUCUCUGUGUCAUUCAAAUUAUUUCUUUUCUUGAUUAUUUUGCAUAAGAUUUCGCAUUAACUUUAGAAAGCUUUUAGAACUUAGCUAUCUCAAGUCAUUCCAUGACAAUAUUUUCUUUCUUUAUUAGGAAAAUGUUUGACCAUAUCUCAGAGAAAAGCUUAUGCUACUUCAACGCAAUGUUGAUCACUCAAGAUUGCCAAAGAUCUGUCUGCGAUGAAAGCUGCUCAUUUAAUUGCGUCAUAGGUACCAGACUGAUGUGGAAAUUCUGUAGUGACAAUGUAUUUAAUACAGAAUUUGUAAGGCAUGAGGGUUAUUAAUUAUGUUAUGUAUUCUAAAUUUCCCCUCAUGCUUUCCUUAAUCAUUCAGAUGACGAUUUCACUAAUGAUACUUUGUAAAUAUUUGUGACUUCAAAGGUCCCAGAUAUAUGUGUGUUUGAUGGCUGUAAUAUUUGUAAACUGGGGUUGUAGCACCCUCUGUAAUUACACUUAUCUAUAUGAAUAUCACUUAAUCUAUUCGAACGACGAUUUUUGGAAUUCAUAUGAGAUGUGAAGACAUCGUUUCCGUCAUAUUGUCUGUACCAUUUUUAUUUGUGCACUCUAGCUUUUACGCACAUAUAUGUAGUGCUAACAGAACAAAAAAUUUUAACUUUUUUUCAUUUUGUUGUUCGUAGACGACACUAGCUUCUUUUCUUAGGAGAAAUUACUUUAUGACGCUUUCCAGUGAUAUUUGUAGAGGGAAAGUAAUAGGUAUAUUUUACUGUAAAGCUUGGUUUAUGGUCGCUGGAUACACAUGAAAAUGCCAGGAAACGAUAGCAUAAUUUCUCGUGGAGCAAUGAGACCAAGACAGCAAAUUUGUGACACAUUUCUUUCUGCUAAUCGUGUUGUGAGUAAAAUGUAAACAUCUCAGCUGAAUGUUGCAGCUGUUGAAGAAUGAAAUCCCAAAACUUAAUUACAAAAUUGUGUCCACCUGCAAUAUAUGAUGGAAUCUAUUUCCAGACAGGCUUUGUCCAUUAAUGUAGAUUACGGUCAGUUUCUGUUUCGGUUAAAUUUACAAUGGGAUCCGCAUUUUCUAGUUUUUACAACGUCUUGUAACAUAUGCUACUCCCAUGUAACUAAACUGGUAAAUGUUUCACAGCCCUAUCAUAAUAGUUAUGUUCUCUCAAAGAUACAGAUCUGCGAUAAUGAUACCAUGAGAAAGCAUUGUUGUUGCAGUGAUUUCUCAAUAAGGAUAUUUACUGUUCGUUGAAAAUUAUUUUGGACCUAAAAACAUUUCAAUACAUCGACCUGGAAAUAUAGAUAGGGUUUUGUGACGAUGCAAAGAGCCCCUAUAUUGUCAAAUAUAGCUUUUCAUAUAAAAUUUUCGUUAACAAGCGCUUCGUUUCGCUUUCUUGUAACAGCACUGUUUCGUAAAGGAAAAGAGUUUUGUGAAUAAAGGCGGGGAGAGACGCUGCUACUGACUGCGCUACGCUUUCCUUGGCUUUGUGUGCCAUCGGACCGAUCACAAAAACGUUGCCUUCACGACGUUGGGGACUGCGCUUUGCUGAAAGCUCCGACUCCAAUAUCCUCAGGUAUAUGAGCAUUGGGGUGGAAAUAACGGUUGCUCCCUUUUCUUCCUUUAUACCGUUAUAAGGCAACCUCUGAGCUUUGCCAGGUCAUUCACUAGCAUUUUUAGACGCCAAUGAAGGCAAGUGAGACAUUAUCGUCACUGUAUCGUUGAAUCGAAGAGCAUCAUGAGAUACCUUUUGAUGCUUCCUGCGUCUGUAUGUUGAAUAUUCACGUUUAUCAGCUUGAUCAGUACCAAUGAUGUUUCAGGUCUGUAGCUGUCUGUAGUAAAUAAUUUUUUGAUUAUAUUUGAGAUUGUCUAUCACUGAUCCUUUGAAAACGUCGAAGAAAACUGUAGUAUAGAAGUUAUCGAAGGAAACAAACGAUGUCCACAGAAAGAUCGAGUUCACCAACAAAAUCGAAAACAUUUUAUACAAGGUAAGAUGUACAGGACACACCAGUUUGUGCCAAAAUCUCCAAGUACGACGUUUCUGAAUGCAACGAACUGAUACUUACAGUCUGAGAUUGGUUACUAGUUGCGUCCCCUAGUGAAGAGGCAACACUGCUGCAGACAGUGAAACGUAGUAUCAAUUUUAAGGGUAACAGACGAUAGCCGUAGCUGCUCCUCAGCGCUAUACAAGGGCAAUGCAUUGCUCACUAGAUAGGAAAAUGAGAAUGGCUGUUAUGGUAAAAUAGCCACAGGUACACUUGUGACCACACUUUUUAAUGACGCGUUUAGAAAAUAUCGUCAUCUGAUUCAAUUAAGGGAACAGGGAGACCAUACUAUGUAUUGAGUCAAAUUAAGUGUGUUAUGUUGAAUAGGAAGUAGGAAUUACAUCGCAAAUACAUUCAUUUCUUCUUCAUCGAGAAUAGGAGCUAGAAUCCAUCAUAUCUACUGCUUACUUUCUGUAUGAUAAGUCAUUCUUGAUUAAAAAAAUGAACAUUAUAAAAUUGAUCUCUACGUUUUGUGGAAUGUCACCUAUUUUCAUACCAUACGGAUGCUCGAUAAAUGUGUUGAGAAUCAUUUCAGAAGCCAUACACAUAAUAUAACAGAUUAAUUUUUCGAAUAUGUACGGUGUACAUGCGUUUUACAUUAUAGUGAAUUGCGCACGCCAAAUCAAAACUUAUAAUAUAGAGUUAGUCUUCAACGUUUCGAAAGAUAACUGGAAAACGUACAGUCUAAAUAUCAAUACAGAAAGUUUACACAUAUCCCAAAAUAUACCGAGUAGUACUCUGUGCUAUUAAAAUGAUUCUAUACCAAUGAGCACGAGUCACUAGAUACUGCAGUUUUCUCAACAUAUAAAUACUUUACGCGUUAUUCGAAUAAUUUAUUUAAGUGUUUGAUAGAUUCUAGUCUGGUCCAUGUAUAAGUAACAGCGCAAAAGUAAAUUAUAUCUCGUCCUUCAGUGGUGAAUGCUUCAACAGACCCCCUAAGUAUGUCACAGCAUCACAGUACACAUAUUAAGUAAUGACAUACUUCAGCAAGAGUAACUGACAUCUUGCAUGAUGUAAAAAUCAAUUGCUGCUAUAACUCGCAACAAUUCAUGGCAGAUAACAUUCGGCGUAAUUAGUUUGAUGGGUGCCCAUAAAGCCAGAGAAAGGGAUUACGUGAGGAAUUAUAUCAGUAUUUAUCCCCCUUAGUACUAUAUUUACUCCUAGUAGCACAUGCGGCAAUUAUUAUUUGCAUGCUCACACAUGAACAAAUGACAGAUUUCAGUGAGAGGCUUUCUGCGCGAUGUAAGAAUCAAUUCCUGCCAUGACUCAAAAAAUAUAUAUGUGUAUGUAGUUUGUUGUGUGUCUAGAAAGGCAGAGAAAGAAAUUAUGUGAGGAAUAAGAUAUUACUGUGCGGAAUUAUACCAGUAUUUAUCCCCAUCAGUACUAUAUUUACUCCUAGUACCACAUCCGGCAUGUAUUAGAAGACUCUCAUGCAUGAAUAACUCAUUGUAAUUUCGUUAUAUCAUAAUGUUGUAGAAAUGAAACGCAGGAAACUUAGAUAUACUACAGUGUUAUAUGUAAUACAAUACAACAUAAAAACGUCAUUGUAAUAGAAGUUUUGGUAAGUUUAUAAACAAUUUAAACCAGUUUGUUUAUAAAUAUUUUAACACUUUUUGUCAUUGUUACAUCUAGAUGGUUGUAUGUGCCACGACAACAUGAUUCAUGCAACUGAUUGCCAUACAGUUUGAUGUAUUUUGUACAUAUGUGUUAACUUUAUUAAUAAAAGACUAAUAUUCAUGAA